AUACAAGAACAACCACCACCCACCAGAGAACUUCCGACUCGAAGAAAAAAAAAAAAACCCCGAACGAUCCAACCCAUCGCAACAGGAACGAAAUUGACAGUCUCAGAGGAGCGGACGAGUGUCUCUCAGCGUAGAUCAAGAACAUCAUGCCUAGCACAGGCCCGAUCAGCUUACCGCAACGCAAGUACGAUCCCACUCGAUUAUGUCUCAUCAGUUUCCCAAAGUUUGACUUUGGAUCUAGGGGCCGGACGACUGCUGUUUAUGCUGCCGGGGCUAUCUUUUCUGCCGGCUGGUGGGUCUUCUUCGAUGCUUGCACUCUGUCGGCUACCAUGAAGCCGUCGCCCGAAUCGCCCUUCGACCCGGUUCCAGUGCAUGUGACAUUCACCGAUUGGAUCCCAGGAUUGUGUUCGACGAUCGGGAUGAUGAUCGUGAACCUGAUCGACAAGAAGCGCCUGAUCUCGGACGGCUCGGCGGGGAUCUCGUUCUCCUCCCACGAAGGCGUCGCGUGGAAAGCCCGGCUGUUGUUGUUCAUGGGCUUUGCGUUGAUGGCCGGCGGCUUGGCUGGCAGCAUUACUGUGCUUAUUCUUAAGUAUGCAAUCCCCGAUUGGGGGACCUAUAACGUCACCUAUUGGGGCGUCGCUAACGUCCUCCAAAACUUGGCCGUCAUGAUCUGUACGGUGGCUCUUUGGUUGACCCAAAACACAGAAGAAUACGAAUACCAGUUGUAACUCUAGACUAGACACAUAUAUACACACAAAUACAUAUGUAUACCCGGAAUUUUCUCAUUCUUUUUUCUUCAGAAAAAAAAAAAACACUUCCUUUGUCGCUUAUAAUCCCAAAGCUAUUAUCAACUCAAUUCAAUGUAUGUGCGUGUGUAUAGGAUUGAUCUUUCUCAAGCAAAAAAAAGCCAAUGUACUUGUUUCACCAAAUGAUAUUAUUAUUUAUUACCUCGACCCGAUGCUAGUGUGUGUGCUUCUUGUCCUGGUUACAUAGUCUCUUGUCUGGGUUUCCUGUCGUGUGCUUAUAUCCAAGUUGGUCAAGAACAGCCUGAUAAUCUUGACUAACGUUUGAGAGGCUAAUUUCAAGCUUCUCUUUCUGCUACAUCAUUAUUAGCAAAUCGAGAUCCACUGUCUUUACAUAUGUAUUGAAGAAAGCAUCCAAGCUGC